GUAACCAACCCACCUCCUGUCCCCUUCCAGGUGCAGGCGGAGGGCACCAUGACCUUCAGGCUGCUCCCGGCCAGCAGCUCGGUGCACCUCAGGGAGAGCAAGGUGAGGGUGCACGCCUACUUCCACUAUGACCCCAAGGAGGACAACAAGCACAUUCCCUGCAAGGAAGCCGGGCUGCCCUUCAACAAGCUGGACAUCCUGCACAUUGUGACCCAGGAUGACCCCUACUGGCCUGGAGCACCGCUUCACGAGGAAGUAAAUCUUCAUUCCCGACGAGACGAGCGGCGAGGCGGCACCGCGGCUCCAGGCGGGGCGGCGGCUCCUCCGACACCCGCGUCAUGCCCUUCAGCUUCCAGCAGCAGACGAGCGGCUGAACAGACACUCCCCGGGAUGACUGAACGACAGCCAGGCUGGACUGAAUGAUCCAGCAGUUGCAGGUGUGGUCAGGUGUUGCAACCCUCCAAUAAGCACCUGUACCAAUCUGGAUAGAGAUGUGUAGUUCACAGUGUAAGGACAAUCCAGUUGUCAGUCAAACAUCUGGCACUGUUCCCCAAAAGAGCUGACAAACUCCGAGCCAAGUUUUUUUUUCUUUACACUCUGGCCUAUAGCGCUGGUAGGCUUUCUUCUGGGCCCUGGUGGUCGACCCAAGCCCGUCAUGGCGCAGGCAAGUGUUUAUAGCAGCACCAUUUCUUCUUGGCUCAUGCUGCCCGCCGGAGCUCAUUCUUGAUUCACUUGGACAGUUCCUCUAGAGUUGGGGUUGAUAGGUGAUCUUCAGGACAGCACGUGGGUAGCCUUAUGCCACUUGGCAAUGACUGAAAAAUCCCAGGUGGUAGCAGAGAAUUUGAACCCGCAUUGUCCAGAACUUGGUGAACGCAGGACCUGCACACUAACCAUUCAGCCACUGCCUCUCUGUUCCAACAUGAGUGAAAAAUGAGAGGCCAGAAGAGAGUGGUUGAUUUCAAAUGGAGAAGUGUCUCGAUAGGCUGGAGGAAAUAGAUGAAGGAAGGCUGCUCUGGAGUUAACCUGCAUAAGGAAUUAGGAUAGUAUAGAGACGAGUAGAACGUUAUGUAAAAAGGGACCACAGUAGAGGUGGAGGCAUGUAGUUAGCAAGCUUAGAAGGGCAAUCAUCAUGAAAAUGUCUGUAGAAGACAGAGGGGCAACAUUGCAGCAGAGUUUGCUAUAGAAGAAGAGAGUUUAGGUUUGACUCCAUCGAGUCCAAAACAGCUAUGUGAGUGAAGCCCCUCCUAUAUGAAAUGCGCUCUCCAUACGAGGACAGACAAGGCCCCUGGAUAUCAUUUGUGAGGGGUAAAAAACUGAAAGACUAAUACAGAACACACAACUUCAAAGAAGCUGAUUUAGGAAGAGGUGAGAUGAAAUUAUGAGUUGAGGAUAGACCAAAUAUGUUUAUUGUUUAAAUGGACAGCUGAGUGUUGUC